UCAAUCACCUUCAUAAACAUGCAUAUCUACCACCAUAACAAUAUGUGCAUGUAUUUCACUGUUAUUCUGUCCUUGAACAUCAGAAACAAAAAAAAAUUGGUUCUCACAUCCUCACAUGUUCCCCCCACCUGUCUGCCCCUCGCCGAAACCCCCCCUGCCCCCUUAACGCGUAAUCAAAAAAGAGCCGCCCCACUUCUCUUCUCACACCAUACUCGCAUGAUCAAAUGUAAGCUAAGCAAGCAUACACCUUUUUACCCAGUAGCAGCACGCCUUGGGAACUCAAAACUCGCUCAUCCUUUUUCCUUCUUCCUUCCUAGUUAGUCAUUGGUCAUCAGCCAGCUUUUAUGGAGUGAGGUGAGACGUUAGGCUCGGACUUAGUUUCUUGUGAAUCUGAGUCUUCCUUCACGAUGAGAUUAUUUCCGGGUUGGACGGGGGUAGUAGGUCAAUGGAGUGAUAAGAACGUGCUUUCAGAGAUGGGUUUGUAAUGGAUGUAUAUUUGAUAUAGGGCCGGGAGGGUUCAUGCCUGUCUUGGGAUUUCGAUAUCGGAGGGGAAAGUUCUUUUUUUUUUUCACUCGUGAGGGGGAGGAGGUAGAUGAGAAGUGAGGCUCGACAGUUUCUCCCUUGGUGUUGCAUAGUUGUGACUUGUUUGCUUGCGUAAUUCGUUGCAUGGCUACAUAUGUAUGUCUCGAGCCGACCGCUGAGCUUCAAAUAGAAGUUUUGAGGAUGAAGCAGCUUUGGAACCUGUCUACCUCCUAUUUAGAAAUCAAUCAUCUGAUCUUCUCACGCUUUGUUCCAUCUAUGCUUUUCAACGAGGUGAAAACGUCUUAUCUAACGUUUCCUUUUUCUUAUCUUUCUCGUUGUCUCAUCUUCUCCUUGCUCAAUUCGCAUGGUUAUCUAGAGGCAUGAUGCCUCUUUUCUCCGUAGACUCUAACCU